GGAGCUGUGCGCAGCAUGGGCACCGGGGAUUACAUCUGCGUAACGCUGCGGGGUGGUGCGCCCUGGGGAUUCACCCUGCGAGAGGGAGAGGGGGACACCUAUAGACCUUUCUUAGUCUCCCAGGUAGAGGAAGGAGGCCGUGCCUUUCUGGCUGGAGUGCAGGAAGGUGACGAGGUGGUGUCACUCAAUGGAGAGCCAUGUGCCGAUCUCACCCUUUUACGAGCCUUUGCGCUCAUCGACACAUCGAUCGACUGUCUACAGCUGCUUGUCAAAAGAUACUGCACUACUCCCCCAGAAGUCUAUGAAUCAGAAGAGACAUACUGUGGUCAGAGGGACUGCUCUGGUGCAGCUUCAGAGAGCACCACCCUCCACAUCUUCUCCCCAAAGCACAGGUCCCAAAGCCCAAGGGAGCUCUACAUAUCUGAAUCCCAGGACGAGGCCUACUAUGGGGAGUCAGAUAGUGACACAAUGUUUCCCAAGGGACCCCAGCUGCUUUGCACCCAGCUACAUCUACCCUCAUCUGGUGAGCAGAGAGGCCAGGAGCCUUUUUUUAAAGAAAAUGAUGAAGAAGUACGGCGGUGCUUCUCCCCAGGGGACAUGGUCGAGCUCCAGGUGUCCCUUUCUGAGCAAACAUUGGACGAUGUGGGCUGCACCUCUCUUGGGAGUGCUCUUGGGAUCCAGGGAGAUCUCUCAAACAGAGAAGCCGUUGAGACAAUCCACAAAACCACCACAACACACUAUGUGCCGUGCUCUGUCAGAGAGCCGCUCGGACAGCACGGAGUGGUGCUCAGCUCUCCUUCGAUGCUGGGGCAGGUGGAGGUCAUUUUGCAGCAGCCAGCAGCAUCAGGAGCAGGGAGGGGCAUCCUGAGUGUGGGUGGCCCCAGGGUCAGUGGAAGUGUUGGAUCCCAAAGCGAAGGAGAAGAAGGCGGAGGGCACUGUGAGGUAGUUCCUGGAUCUUAUACUGUCUCAUUUGGAAUUCCCUCAGAAGAGGCGACUGCAGCAGAAGAGCAGGACUCUGGUUCUGAGGGGGAUCAAGACAAACCCAACAAGCAUCGGGCAAAACACGCCAGGCUCAGGCGUAGCGAGAGUCUCUCUGAGAAGCAGGUGAAAGAGGCCAAGUCCAAAUGUAAACGUAUUGCUCUCCUUCUUACGGCUGCUCCACCCAACCCCAACAACAAGGGGGUGUUGAUGUUCAAGAAACAUCGGCAGAGGGCCAAGAAAUACACACUUGUGAGCUACGGCACAGGAGAAGACGAACCAGAGUACAGCGACGAAGACGAAGAAAACGAAGACGACAAACAAGAAACCCACACUGUUGAAUUUACCCUUCUGGCUCCUAGCGAUUCUGACAAGCAUUUCCUUACUAAUGCCCAUAGUAGCAAAGGUGUGCUAACCAUCAACUGGGACAAGGGUCUCCUUGAGAUUGAAAGGAACCUGAACAACCAAGUAGAGAUGGAAUGUUUGCCUGAAACCAAGGGAAAGGGUGCCCUAAUGUUUGCCCAACGGCGUCAGAGAAUGGAUGAGAUUUCUGCUGAACAUGAGGAGCUUAGGAGCCAUGGGAUGCCAGUGGAAGGAGUGCCGGAGGCUGAAAAGAAGAUAGCGGAACACUCCUACAUGCAGUCCACAACAGAGGCCCAUGCUUACAUGGAUGUAAAUAUACACCAACAAAGCCAACAGCAACAACAAUACCAGCAAUAUCAGGAGCAGCAGUACUAUGCGCAACAACAGAACUACCAACAACAACAAUACCAACAACAGUAUCAGCAGCAGCAGUAUGAACAACAACAUUAUCAACAACAGCAAAUGUAUCAGCAGCAGCAGCAGCAAGAAUAUCAAGAGCAACAGCAAAUGCAGCACUAUUCUACAAACAUCAAUGGCACAGUCCAACAUCAAACCAGUGAAAUGCAGAGUUCUUUCAACAAUCGUACUGCAAAGCCUUUCUCAGCAGAAAACAUGGCGGCUACCCCUUAUUCUCCCGCAAUGAGUGGGACCAAUCAAGAUUCCGUGGGCCAAGGAGAGCAGAUAGCUUCCCGUGAUGAGCGCAUUUCUACCCCUGCAAUUAAGACUGGCCUUUUGAUGGAUGCAAGGAAAAGAAACACUGGCAAACCUAUGUUCACUUUUAAGGAAGCACCAAAAGUAUCACCGAGCCCAGUAUUGCUAAACCUUCUCAACAGGAGUGAUAAGAAAUUGGGUUUUGAGUCGGGACCUGAGGAAGACUACCUUAGCCUUGGGGCUGAGGCUUGUAAUUUUCUCCAGGCUUCAGUUAAACACAAGAUUCCACCACCAGUGGCUCCAAAGCCUGUGAUCAAUCCCAACUCUCCUCCUUGGUCCCCACAGAUAGAAGAGACCAACCAGGACAUGCCUCAACAAGCUGAAAAUAGUGUAUCCACACCUGCUGCAGCCCCCACCACAGAGACUGCCUCUGCUCCUGAACUAGAGCCAACCCCUGCACCUGCCCCUGAGCCUUCCCCCCCUCUUGCCCCUCAGGAGGCUCCUGCCAGCACAACCACAAAGGAACAGCACACAUGGACUCCCCCAGAGCCUGAAUCUCAACAACAGCCUCUGCAAGUGACAGCUCAAGAUGAAAAUGGUCAUAUGAAUUCUACCCUGCAGCCUGAGCCUGCUCCUGUGACUAGCUGGGCUGCAGCACAAACACAAGCACAACAGCCACCUACCAAUUCUUGGCAUCCAGCUCAAGUGCAGCCCCAGGAACCACGUCCAAGUCAGUCCCCAACACAGCCACCUUGGGUGACACGUCAGCCUACUCAGACCCAAGCACAGCCUCAAACCUCGACAAAUACUUGGACCCCUCAAAUUCAGCCAUCUUGGAGUCAGCCUCAAGAGCAGGCACAAGCCCAGACACAUGCUCAGCCAUCCUGGGCCCAGCCUCAAGAGCAGUUACAGUCUCAGCCACAGGUUCAACCACCCUGGACACACUCUCAUGAGCAGCCAAAUCUGCAGCAGAUGCAACCAACUUGGGUUCAACCUCAAGAACCAAUGCAACAGCGGCCCCAGCCCCCAUGGGUGCAGCCAUCACAAACAGACUCUCAGCAUCAACCACCAUGGGUGCAACAACCCCAGCAAAAUUCCCAAGCACAACCUCCUUGGGUUCAACAGGUUCAGCCAGAAUCCCAGCAACAACCACCAUGGGUUCAGCAACCACAACAACAGGCUCUACAACAAGCAUGGCCACAGGCCCAAGCACAAGGUCAGCCUCAACCACCUUGGGUCUCAGCUCAGCCUCAGCAGCAACAGCAACCCUCAAUUAAUGUAUGGUCUCCAUCACAAACUCAAGCCCAGGUUCAGCCACCUUGGAUCCAAGCAGCCCAAGCACAACCUCCACCACAGCCCCAAGCCAAUUUAAAUCCAUGGGCGCCAGUACCUACCCAGGCUCAGUCCCAACCAUCAUGGGCCCAGCACCCUUCAGAACAUGGUCAGCCCCCCAUGGGUUCUUGGGCCCAAGAGCAAAAUCAGGCCCAACAUCAACCACCUUGGGCUCAAACAGUUCCACCCCAGCCCACACCACAGCCAAACUGGCAACAGUCAACUUCAAAGACUCCACCACAGCCACCAAUGAAUACAUGGCCUUCAGCUCAGACACAACCUCAGACACCUGUUAAUACCUGGGCACCACAAUCACAACAAACACCUGUGAAUGUUUCCCCGUCAAUGGUUAACACUCUUCCCUCUCCAAAACCUUGGCAUCCACCACAAAAUGCCCCACAAAGCCGGACCCCUCCACCUCCUCCACAGCGAAUGCAGUCUUUUACCAUUGGUCAAAGAGCUUCAUCACCCAUCAACCCAAUGGCCACUGUCUUAAACCCAUCAUCCCAAGGUUCAGCGUUUGAGAUGCCAGCAGUCAAAGGGAAAGGAGCUGAUAUGUUUGCCAAGAGGCAGUCUCGUAUGGAGAAGUUUGUUGUGGACUCUGAGACUGUUCAAGCAAACAAGGCCAGUCGGCCAACAUCGCCCAUUGCUUCCUUACCAAACGAGUGGAAAUAUACACCCAAUGUACGUGCUCCACCUUCACGGGCAUAUAAUCCUAUUCAAUCCCCUUCUUAUCCUCCAGCAGCAACAAAACAACCCCCUCCAAGUAGCCCUUCAACCAAAGCCAAGAAAAAAGGCAAAGGGGAGCAAAAGCCUGCCCCUAAACCCCUCAAUGUUAUAGAUGUUAUGAAGCAUCAACCUUAUCAACUCAGUUCCGCACUCUUUACCUUUGGCCCAGCAGCAGAGGCUGCCAAGCCCCCUGCACCUCAACCCAAAUGUCCACCUCCUAACCCUCCUGUUGAAAACCAACCAAUUAGAUAUGAGCAAAUGGCCCCCAUCCAGCCAGGUGGACCAUUUAAUGCCCCAUACCCCCAGCAAUCUUAUGGGAUGCCCAUGCAGCCUAUGAUGCAUGAUGGCAACUACCAGCAAAACCCAGCUAAUAUUUAUCCUCCCUCCAACCCUUAUCAACAAGCUCCUGGUGGUCCAUACCAACAGGCAUAUAACCAACAGUAUCAGCAACCCGCCCCACCUGCUUAUCAUCCCCAAGCCCCUCAGUCUCCAAACUCUCCCUACCAACAGGCACCUCAAGCCCAUUACCAACCAGCCAAUAGCCCUCCCUACUUGGCAACUCCCUCAGUACCUUACCAGCCACAGCCUCCCAGUAGCUAUGUUGUUCCUAGUUUUCCUGUAGCUGCAAGACCAGAAUCUGCAUCAGGUGGCAACCCUGUAGCUGCUCCUAAACCUAAAUUUACAGCUAAAAAGAGCUCAGCUCAGGUGUGGAAGCCUACAGCAGUUGAUAAAGAGUGAUUCUGGUAGAUUCAUGACCUGCUUAGUGUCUGCUUGAGCCAAAGGGUUGGUGCUCUUGUAGUCCACAGCCAAGUGGACUAUUUUGAGCAUAUAAACUUGCUUUUGCAAUGACUACUGUCACCUCUACUUGCUCUUGUUAUUGUCAUAGCACAGAGCUAGAUGGUUUUCAGAAUUAAGAAAACUAAUGUGAAUGUCAUUACAAAUUAAGAACAUAAGAAUAAGACCCAACUGUAAGUAUAUUUUAUCAGACACAAAUGAGUUAAAAAGCAUGUGCAUUUUGACAUGUUCACAAAAAAAGAUGCACAUGGAAACUUCCACCAAAAAUUAAUGUAAUUUUUUGAGGAAGAAUCUAAAGUGGUGGCAAUAUAAGAAUGUAGGGGAGCAUGAUGUUCAGUAAGAAUUGAAAGGAAGGAGUGACAAGAGGAAGUUGAUUUUUGGAAAGAGGAAACUAAAUGCUAAAUGUGGCUAAUCUUAUUCGAUUAACAAACUACUAAUAUACAAUAAAGCUAAAUAAAAAAAAUUCAAUAAAUAAAGUAAAAAUAAAAGUAAAGUAGUGAGGGGUGGGGUCUGUGGGGUGUAAUGAUACCAAGCAGAAAGCUAAAUUUGCAGUGCCAGUGAUGUCAUAACUGCAGAGAUUAUGUCACAACUCUGUGGGGUUUCAAGUAAACACUGGGGGGUACAGCAAUACGCCUGACAAAAAGUGACAAAGAACACUGUCACUUGCUUGAACUUCAAGUGUUUGAUUCGUGAACAAUUUAUUCUUCAGUGGCUUUCCCCAGUGUCUUUUCGAUAGCACCUACUUAAGUGGGUUAAUUUUAUUUUAAGCUUUUUACCAGCUGUUGCAUCAUGUUAGAUGCUAUAUUUAAACUGCCUCAUGGGAGGGAGUGCUGAGGUGCAGAGAUAGUAGGCUUAAAUUUCAACUUAAGCCAAUGACCGCAACUAUAUCUUAGGCCCUCGUAGUAUUUUUUCUGAUAACAGAAAAAUAUAUAGUAUUGCCCAAUCUAGUAGUUUCACUCUUCCAUGCAUCUUUUUCUUUUGUUUUAUAUGACUAGAUGAUAAAUGAUUAACAAAAGAUGAAUUACUGAAGGGAUAACCAGCCUGGUAAUGUUCACAAAUAUAUUUUUGGUGCAGGGCUGCUUUUGUUCUUCAUUUUCUUUUUCCUUUUCUUUUGUGUGUUUCUCUUCAUAGUGCACUUUCUGUAUGAUUCACUGCAGUGCCAUUAAAAUGUCUUUUAUCCUUG